AUGAUUCGCCUGGCGCCUAGAUUUAGGCUAUAUAGAGACAGGUAUAGACGAUUUUAUUAUGGGUUGGUGACAUUUUCUAUUUUGACAUUAAUUAUGUAUAUUUAUUUGGUAUUUAAUGUUACAGAUCCAUCAGAAGAAAAUUUUGUAUCAUAUUCACUUCAAGAUUUAGAUUCAGAGACACAACAUACCUUUUAUAAAGGUUGUGCAGAUAUAAAUUCAUAUUUAAAUGACCAGUCAUACAGAAAAUCUAAUGCUUCUUUUAUCAUGCUAGCAAGAAACGAGGAAUUAAGCGACAUUUUAACGACAUUAUAUAGCAUAGAAUCUCAUUUCAACCAAUGGUAUCAUUACCCAUAUGUAUUUUUGAACGAUGAGCCAUUCACAGAAGAAUUUAAGGAAAAAGUGAGACAAAGUGUUACGGGUUCUGUUCAAUUUGGUACUUUGAAUGAAUUAGAAUGGGAAUUCCCUGUUGAGGUUCGAGAAACUAUGGAGUUUACAGAAAGAAUUAAGGAUCAAUCAGAUAGAGGUGUGCUAUACGGGGACGUAGAAUCAUAUCAUAAGAUGUGCAGGUUUUAUUCCGGGCUCUUUUAUAAACAUCCCAUGGUUAGAGCAUAUGAUUGGUAUUGGAGAAUAGAACCAGACGUGAGUUUUUUUUGUGAUAUCACAUAUGAUCCAUUCUUCGAAAUGGAGAAAAAUGGGAAAGAAUAUGGUUUUACAGUUGUACUUCAAGAACUGUAUUGGUCUGUACCAGGUCUUUUCAGAGCUACAAGAAGUUAUAUCAAUAAAAACAAUAUUAGAUUAGGUUCACUGUGGAAAUUAUUUGCUGGAACUUUUGACUAUGCACGAACUGGAGAUGAAUACUUACACAAAACUGUUUUCGAUGAGAAGUUACUUAAGGAGAAACUGGAAGAGAAGAUUAAUAUUGAUCAUUUAUUGGAUAAGACACAAAAUGGUGAUGUUGAUCUUAAUGAUAAAGGGAAUUUACGAGGUUUGAACCAUCUAUUAAAUAGAGCCCAAUCAAAAGUACCUAUAUUUGAGGAUAAAUUUGACAAUGAAGUAUUUGAUUUAUGUCAUUUUUGGUCCAAUUUUGAAAUUGCCAAGAGAACUGUAUUUGAUAACCCAAUUUAUGAUGGCUAUUUUAAACAUUUAGAGUCUUUAGGAGGAUUCUGGAAAGAGAGAUGGGGUGAUGCUCCAGUACAUUCCUUGGGGUUGGCAUUGACACUAGACAUAGAACAGAUCCAUUAUUUUCGAGAUAUUGGAUAUAAGCAUUCAACUCUUGUUCAUUGUCCAAAGAAUGCACCACAAGAAUUUCAAUUACCAUAUUUCGCUGGAGAUGAUAAGUUUUCCAACAGGAAUGCAAAGCAGUAUGAUCCUCCGUUCAAUUUGGGUUCUGGUUGUAGAUGCGAAUGUCCAUCUAUACAUCUAGAAAUAGAGGAUACAUCUUACCCAUGUAUGGAUUUCUGGUUGGAAUUAGCACAUGGUAUGGAAGAGAACACCAAUUUUGGUGAUGGUGGAUACUAUCCGUAUGUCGAUCUUGAUCAAAGAGAGGAAGAGAUGAAGGAAGAGUAUGAAUUCAACAGUUGA